GAGCUGGAGUCUCUCGUCAGUCGCUUGCUGAGUCUCCGUUCAGUUGGUCGAGCUGCCUCCGAAUUGUACUAUACCAAAAUUCAAAGAAAAUCGUAAAAAACCAAGGCGAAGAGAAGUGCUAAUAAAUCGAGCAAAAUGCGCUGCCUGGCAUUGAGCGCGCUCUUCAUGUGCCUGGCCAUUGCCGGGCACUUUCAUUUGGCAGCUGCCUACAAGAACGAGGUACAGAUCACCCCAGAUCCUCUAGACGCUGUGGAGACGACAACCAAGAAAUCGAGUUGGUUUGGCGGCUUCAAGAAGUUCUUUGGCAGCGACAGUAGCACCACUACAACCACAACGAUUGCUCCCCCCACCAGUCCGCGAUCGGCGGCAGUGACGCCCACGGCGGCCAAGAAGCCACCGCCACUGACCAUCUCGCAUGCUCCGCUGGUGCCGUUGGGUCCACGGCCGGAUACCCCGUCAUCCUCGCCCUUUGGAGCCUCUCCGCCGCCGGCCAGUGGUCCCCAGUGGCCAACGACCAGUGCCAGGCCACCGUCGCCAUCUCAGCCAGCUCAGCAGCCCACUCUGCCCAUUCAGGGACGUCCGCAGCAGGGAGGCACUGCAGCACCCAUUCUGCCACCUGGUUUUGCACCCUACCGGCCACAGAAACCCCAGCCGAAUAGCUACGAUCUGAGCUACGGCGGUGGUCCAGCACCGGGAACCGGACGACCUGGUUUCGGAUUGGCCAGUAGCAGCACCUCCACCACCACGACGACUACCCAGAAACCCAUUUCGAGCACCGCAGGUAAGUCACCGCAGCAGAAGGAUGAAUUCCCGGCACUGCCAGGACCUCGCAGGCCAUCGCAAAAGGAGGAUUUCCCGGCAUUGCCAGCGGCCAAGACUCCACCAGGAUCGCCCACGCCCACGCCCACGCCAGGAUCUCCGUCGGCCUGGCAAUCGCCGCUGCCAACGCCCCAGCAUCCGGUGCAUCCGCCCACCAAGGUCACACCAGCACCCACACCCACGCCCACGCCCUCCUCCUGGAACACGCCCACUCCAACGCCCACACCAGCGCAUGGACACUCGUCCUUUGGACCACAUAACGUUGGCGGCGGUGGCAUUGGUGGUGCCACCACAACCACAGUGCGUCCCGGAUUCCAGACGUCGGGCAACUCGGUGGCCACCGACGACGAGAUCCGCCAGCUGACGGAACAGUUGUACACCAAGGAGACCAACAGCCAGAUCGGAAACGUCCAGGUGAACCUGCAGGGACGCACGCGAUCCAUCGACAGCGCCGAUGAGGCACCCAAUCCACUUUUAAAUGUCGACGCCAAGGCCCUGGAGUCCCCGACAAUCGCCAAACUGCGGCUGUUGUUCAACAACUACGAGACGGAUACGCUGGUCAAUGAGCAUGUGACUCCUAACGAGCGCAAGGAGGAGAACGACUUCCUGGACGCAGUGAUGGCCACACCAGUGAUGCGCCAAGCCAUGCAAUUCCUGCAGCAGAAGGGUCUGGUCAGUCCGGACCCAAAGACCCAUCGCGACCUGGUCAAGGAGCUCUGGUUCACGCAGUACUCCCGCGGGCAGGGCAAGAUCGGCAGCUCCGGAUUCGAGCACGUCUUCGUUCACGAGGUGAAGGACGGCACUAUAAUCGGGUUCCACAACUGGGUCUACAUUGGCGACGAGGAGAAGGACGGCCGUUUCGACUACAAGGGCUACAUGAAGGAGCAGGACAUUGGCACGAAGGGUAAGAUCCUGAAGAUCCGCUUCUCGCACCAGGGACUCAACAAGCCAGUGAACACGGUCUUCGUGGGCACCUCUCCGGAGCUGGAGCUCGCUCUGUAUACGGUCUGUUUCCAGCUGCGGCCGGAUCGCACCUGUCCGGUGUCCCUCGGAAACAGCAAGUUCGGCAUCAUCACCUACUCGUGGCGCUACCGAGGAAAGAACCUGAUUGGCAGCGCCUAUCCGGAGAUUUGAGGCAGUGGGCAGCAAUAGCUCCUCGCCGUAGUCAUCGUAGCAAUUUUUUUUCUGUCGCUUUAAUAAAUAAAGUAAAUGUGUGAAAAUUUAAA